AUGGAAUUAGAAAGUGAAUUUGGAAACUUAUCGAUAAAGUUUUUGUUUGUUUAUGAGAAUUCUAGUGAAUUAAAUGCAUUGCUUAAUGACUUAAACAGCCUGGAUUACAAAUAUCAAAAGAUUUCAAAUUCCAAUGUAAUUGUUCAGUUUAUUGACUCAAUUUCGAAGAUUCCAACUACUUCAGAAUUAAAUAUUGUUAUUAAAUCAUGUCAUUUGAUCAAGCAACUAAUAAAUAAACAGAAAGUAAAUCUUCCAGUGAUUGUAUCUAACAAAAUCAUCAACUGGAUCAUUCAAAUUCUAUGUUUUUCAUCAAAAUCAAUCAUUUGUGAGGCACUGGAUGUUCUUACUUUACUUUUCAAGAAAAACUCAAGAGCAGCUCAUUCUAACAUCGAUCUGAUGAUUUCAAAUGACGGGAUCUUGUUGAGGCUUUUGAAAUCGACAGGAAACUUACAAAAGAUAUUAGUCCAAGACUAUACGCCGCAGGAAGUGUACAAAUCAUCAUUGGGAUGUAUAGAAUCGAUAUUAAUGCAUUUAGAAGGUGACGAUGAGUUUGAUGUUGAUCAUGCUUAUUUGGAUACAUUAGGAAAGACCUUAAUUAAGUUUUUAUACACAUUUAAACAGAAUGAGAUACAGGAUGGAGAUUUCAUGACUUUAGUCGCAAUGGCUUUAAACUCCUUAAAAUACAUUACACAAUCAAAUCUAGAUUUUGCUACUUAUAAUGUUGGUGAAUUGCUUGGAAUUUGUAGGACAUUCAUGCUGUAUGGAUUAAGUGAUAUUUCUUUUCAACAGCCAGUAAAAAUAUUGUCAUCACAACAAGCUGUAAUGGAACCGAUAUCUGUGAAUAAUAAUAAAAGAGGAACUGGUCCAAAUAAUAAUAGAAAUAAGAAGCCAUCGAAAUCAGGUAAGAAAAGACCUGAAAAUUCAAAGCAGUCAGAAAAUAAAAGAUCUUAUGGAUCUCAAAACUAUCAGCAUGAUAAUCCAUUCCCAAUGUAUCGAACUAGCGAUUCCGAUUUCUCAGACAAUGAGCAUAGCAGGGAACUUGUGAAUAGAAAUAAGCAGAGUAAAUUGAGAUUAACAGCACUGUCCUUAAUUCUUGUGCUUACAACGACAGUCGAGAAGAAAAUAUUAUUCGGAUAUUGGCAUAGCCUUUUGUCUACAGAUGAAUCAAUGUGCAACUCAUUAGUUAACUGUAUAAUUAAGGAUACGUCACCAAGAUGUAAAAUAGUUGCUCUACAAACGAUUAUUCAGUUGGUUAAAUAUUCAAAACCUUUUUUGGUACAAGCAGAGAAUAAGGAUAAAGCACCAUCUACAUUCACGCCAUUUUCAGUCACUUUGGGAAACAUGAUCACAUUUACAUACGAAAAAUUAACACAAGCCAUGAUAAAGGAAGGAGAUUUGACAGUUUUGACUCAAAUACUCAAGUGCAUUUCAAUUUUCAUUACUGUAACUCCAUUUCAUCGAUUAAAAACUGGAAUCGUCACAGAAUUCAUUAAAUAUGUUCGUCUCCUUGCUCGCCAUAAAGAUCCCACGAUUAAAGUUGCAGCAUUGAUUGUUAUGAAUAAUUUAAUAUCAUUGCAUGACAUGACAUCAGAAAUUUAUGAAAUGGUUGAGAUUCCUAAGUCAAAAAUUGAGUUUGAUCUGAAAAAGAUUGACGAGGGCAUUAGAAAUGCACAGUCAAUCGAUGAAAAUGAUUUAAUAGAUUUAGAAUUCGACGAGGAAAUCGAGGAUGAAGAAGAAAUCGAAGAAACAGUCGCUAAAUUAAGCGUUACUUCAUCAAAAAUGUCUUGGCUUUUACAGAAUGUCUUGGAAAAUUUAGGAAUAUACAAUGGAAUUCUCAAAACACCAUCAAUAGCCAUAUCUGUACGAAUUGAGAGUCUUCAAGUUCUUUCAUCCAUGUCAUCACAUUUUCUGCUAGUCAAAGAUCAUUUAUUGGUGAUUUCGACUGCAUUAACUAAAAGCUUGUCACCAGAAUCGCCAGUUGAUGAAAAAUUGUAUGCUAGUCGAACACUCGAAUCUCUUGGCAGUUCAAUCAACAACUUUUUGUCUCAAGAAAACAAGACCCAACAAGAUGCUGAUCUAUGCCUGACAUUCUGGAUUAGAAUAAUAUCAGCAGUGUUUGACAAUAUUCAAAAUGUGACUCAAUCGUCAACAUUAAGAGCUUAUUUAGCCGAUAGUCUAGCCAAUAUUGGAGUAUUUAUCUUUGAAAAGCUAGACAAUAUGAAACAAAUUCAACUUAAAUCAAUCCUUACUGGCUGUUGUUAUGAUGAAGAUCCAAUUGUGAAAUCAUCAGCUGUUCGUGCCUUGGCAGUUUACGUAUUAUUUCCUUCACUAAGAGAAGAUUUAUGUUUUGUUGAGAAUACUACAGAAUCAGUUCUGAGAAUCAUCAAGGAUCAAAAUAUUGUAGCCAGGACUAAAGCUUCGUUUGGAUUAGCUAAUGUUGUUGAUGGAUUAUUAAUCAUCAAAAAAACGCAGUCUAUAGACGAUAAACUGUUUAAGCAGAUUAUAGAGACAUGCUUGCAGUCAGCAACUGAUAAUGAUCGUGUAAAAGUGAAUGCUGUAAGAACUUUAGGAAAUUUAAUAAUUUUACUGAAAGAAAGUCAUUUUGGAAGUGCCAAUUGGUUGGAUUUAUUCGAAAAAUCCAUUCAAGUGCUAAACAAUCAGCUAGCAACCUGCAAUAAUGUGAAAGUCAAGUGGAAUGUCUGCUACUCAUUUUCAUCAAUGAUGAAGAAUCCUUUAGUAUUUGAAGCUGGAAUUAAGGUUUUAUGGCAAGAAUCAGUAUUUAAUGCUCUAUGCAGUAUAAUUGAGAAUUCGCCAAACUUUAAGGUACGAACGAAUGCUUGCUUAGCAUUAACGACACCACAAAAUAGAAAGGAUUAUGAAAAAUAUUUUUCGACUAUUUGGAACUGCUUAUUAGUUGCACUGGAACAAUCAAAUAAUCUCACAGAUUUUAAUGAAUAUAAGCAUAGAGAUGCACUACAAGAUCAACUUUGUACAGCAAUUUGUCACUUUUUAAGCCUUGCAACAAUCGAGGAUGUCAUUCAAAUGAAAAAUUCUCUAUUUCCAUUGAUGGAUGUAACAAAACAAAAUUGGAAUCGAGUCAUUAAUCGACUACCACCAGAGUAUCACAAUCAAGUUAUUAAUGCAUGCAAUUCUAUCAAAAAUAUGGAAUCAAAUUGUAAAAAUUCAAAACAGAAUAAUUCAAUUGGCAUUAUUUUGUCAUGCUUUCAAUCUGUUGACGAUUUUGCUAUUUAA